AUGGCUUCUAAUCCUCCCGGGCCCUGCUGCUUCACCGGCUUCAAGCAUGAAGGCACCCCUUCGGGCUCCCAAGAAUUGAUUGACGGAGUGAAGACGUAUAUUGCACGUCCUCAAGGCGAUGCGAUAGAAAAGAAAGCAGUCAUUGUUAUCAGUGACGUUUUUGGGGUAUCUCACAACAGCAUGCUAUUGGCUGAUGACUUCGCCGCAAAUGGGUAUCUUGCCUUGCUCCCCGACUUGUUGGAGGGAGAGAACCUUCCCCUCGAUGUCUUUGAGACUGGGUCUGUGGAUAUUCCGUCUUGGGCAGCACGCCACAGCCCGACACAAGUCGAUCCGAUUCUUGACAAAAUUGUCAACUAUUUGCGCAGUAAUCAAAGCAUAGAGAGAAUUGCAGGCGCAGGGUACUGCUUUGGAGGCAAGUAUACUGCUCGAUUUCUCAAAGAAGGAAAGUUGGAUGUUGGCUAUGCAGCUCAUCCCUCAUAUAUAACAUUUGAAGAGCUCGAAAGUAUAGAGAAACCAUUCUCUAUUGCGGCUGCAGAAAUUGAUCACAUCUUCACCCGAGACCUCAGGCAUAAGUCUGAGGAUACUCUCAUUGGCACUCAAAAGCCGUAUCAAAUUAACCUCUUCAGCGGCGUCGCCCACGGAUUCGCUGUGAGAGGAGACUUGACUAAAUCUCUGAACAGAUUUAGCAAAGAGCAAGCAUUUUUGCAAGCGAUCGGGUGGUUCAACGAGUACCUUUAA